CCUCUUUUAAAACAGGAUAUCAUUACAAUGGUUCCAAACCUACCUUUCAUCUAGCAUUCUCAUACACUAUAUAUAUUACUCUUCUCUAUCGGGUUGUUUCAUAUCAAAACCUCCUGCUUUCGUUAUCUACUAGUACUUGUUUCUUUAAAAAGAUUGUUUUCGUUUGAAAAAUAAAAGGGCAUGGUUUUGCCUUCUUCAACACCGUCUCUAACCACCGGAAAGAAGGCUAAAACCUCGCCGGAAUGUAACUUUCCUGUGAUCGAUUUCUCUUCACACGACCGGUCAAAACUAUCGGAGAAAAUCGUGAAAGCCUGCGAGGUUGAUGGCUUUUUCAAGGUGAUAAACCAUGGAGUUAAACCGGAGAUAAUUUGGACAUUUGAGCGUGAGGGUGAACAGUUCUUUAAUAAACCGGGAACGGAGAAGCAACGAGCCGGUCCGGAGAGUCCAUUCGGUUACGGUUGCAAGAACAUCGGGUUUAAUGGAGAUUUGGGUGAGCUUGAGUAUCUUCUUCUCCACGCAAACCCAACGUCUGUCGCUGAUAAAUCUGAAACUAUCUCACAUGAUGACCCCUUCAAGUUCAGCUCGGCCACGAACGAUUACAUACGCGCCGUUAAAGAUCUGGCAUGUGAGAUAAUUGAUCUAACGGCCCAGAAUUUAUGGGGCCAGAGAUGUACCAAGGUGAGCGAGCUAAUCAGAGAUGUCCGUAGCGACUCAAUCCUGCGGCUGAAUCACUAUCCACCUGCACCGUACGCGCUGAGAGGCGUUAGCCAAAUAGGUUUCGGGGAGCAUUCUGACCCUCAGAUCUUGACGGUGUUAAGAUCCAACGACGUAGAUGGCCUUGAAGUUUGCUCACGUGACGGCUUGUGGAUCCCUGUACCAUCUGACCCUACAUGCUUCUACGUGUUGGUCGGUGACUGCCUUCAGGCAUUGACGAAUGGGAAGUUCACUAGCGUGAGGCACAGAGUAUUAGCUAACACGGCAGGGAAGCCUCGAAUGUCGGUGAUGUAUUUUGCGGCACCGCCGUUGGAGGCAAUAAUAUCACCGUUGCCGGAAAUGGUAUCGCCGGAAAAUCCACGAAGAUAUAAUACAUUCACAUGGGGUGACUAUAAAACAGCUACCUACUCCCUCCGUUUAGACGUUCCCCGUCUCCAGUUCUUCAAAACUUCAUAAGUAUUAAUAUACACACCAGCUGAAACUUAUAUAUAUAUAUAUUUUUUCUUUUGCAGAAAAUUUUAUGAUUGUUGGUUUGUUAUACAAAAUACUAGCUACACCAUGUUAAUGUAUAGUUUUACACGAUAAAGUAAAAUUAAUAAGUCACAAUAUAUACAUCAGUAGUAUGCAGUUAAUUCUUUUGUACGUAAACGACGAUUGGCAGUUAUUAUAGUCUAUAUAGAUAGUGACUAAUGCCUA